AUGGAUUAAAUAAAUUAAGCAUUUCAAGAGUUAUACUAUUAAUGUGAGUGUUAUGAAAAUGUGAAAGAGAAAGUAGAUCAAUGUUCUUACGAUGAAUUCAAUGGUCUGAUGGAACUGUAUGUUCAAGAUUAUUUAGAUGUAAGUAAUUUGUUAACAAUUAGACAGUACAAAAGAAUUUGUGUAAUUAUGGUUAUAAUGAUUACGAUUCUGCAAAAUUUUAUUUGGAACAAGUGAACAGCCAUUGGAUGAGAAUUCAAAAUAUUGCAUUAGAACUCGGAAAAUAUUAACAAAUGAGCUUUAGUUUUAAAGUAUUGAUUAACAUUGAUUUAUUAGAUUCAAGAAUACCAUCGUCAAAAAUUUUAGGAUAGGAUCUUCUAAGACAAUAAGAUAAAUUUGGCAUUAAGGGAAAUAUGCAGAAUCUACAAAUUCAAUCAAACAAUUGAACCUCACUUUUGUUCUCAAAUAUUUCAAUACUUUAAACCAAAAAUCACAACUCACCAAGAUUUGAUGACUAAUUGGCUUACUUAUAGUUAAUGUGAAUAAGGAGUUGACGAAAUUAAAGAUUUUGAAAAGCGAUUAGAAUGCGCAAUGACAAAUCUCCCUGAUAAUGAAAAAUAAUUACCAAAAUUGCCUCCAAAUUGGGAAAAAAACAUGGCAAAUUUAAUGAAGAAAAAGAAGAAAAAAUUAUGA